AUGGCUUCUCCGCGACCACAAACAUCGCAAAAUCCGCUUGUCGCAGCGCCGCGGCCGGAUUCAUUGGUCAGACGGUCGCUGCAUGCCAUGUCUGACUUUCUUUCUCCGUUCUCUCCCGCUGCAUUGGCCAAUCUCCCUGCUCGACCCGUUCGCUACACUCGAGCCGACAACAUCCCAGAAACGGAGGCAGAUGAAGAGGGCCAGAGACCGGCUGUUCGGGACUACCUUUCCAUUAACCACCCUUCGGUGCAUCCGAAUGUGCGUGUGCCAAAGAAGAUCGCAACGGCUGUCAGAGUCGAGGGCAAAGUUUGGUUCGCAAAUGAGCGGACUUGGGUUGCCUGGCUCAAUAUUGCUGUUCUACUGGGAACAUUAGCGCUGGCUCUGUUCAACGCCUCCAAAGAUCCCAUUGCUCGCGCUUUUGCCUAUGUUUAUGCCCUGAUAAGUAUUGGUGUACUAAUAUACGGCUAUGCGCUGUACCAGCACCGGAUAACGAUGAUUCGAAGACGAGAUCCAGGACAUUUCGAUAUGAUUAUUGGCCCUGUGGUAGUAAGCACAUUGCUUUUCAUCGCAGUCGCCGCCAAUUUUAUGAUUCGAGUCCAAGAUUUACGAGACAAAAACGUCCCUAUACCUGGCGCAGAUCUAUAUUACUCCCUUGUUCGAUUCCUCUCACCAUCUCCUCUGUAA